CAGAAAAAGGUACCCAGACGGAAGGCGUGCUUGAUUAGGUCUCUCGGUGCACUCUAUCAAUCAUAACAGUAGAGGGGAACUGACUAUGUUGUCGGCAGGCCACAACCAGUGGACUUGGACAAAGUUUUCUUCAUGAUUGUCCACCGACCCACCUGUAAAUGAAAAUGCAAAGAUAUGCUUGACGCAGCAGGUGUCUGAUGUCUUCACUGGUCCCCGGGUCACAAAUUGUCUUUGUUCUCUUCACGUUCCUGCUAACUGAUGCCUUCCGCCUUGGCAAGCAGAUAGAUAGGGCCAGGAUGGCUGUUCCAUCAUCACAAACAUACAUCCCUAAACUCUCCUUGAAGGAUGCCCACAGAGAGAGAAUUGACGUGCUGAUGGCAGACGCUAGCGCGCAGCAAGAACAGCUCCUCGCAGAGUACCGGGCAGAAAAUUAUGAAACGCUGUCUGUCGAUGAGAGAAUUUCCAAAGCCCAGGACCUGCUCUCCGUCAAUCUACCUGCUGCUGCCACCCUACUGAGACAGACUUUAAACAAACCAGGUCUCUCUGUCAAGCAGCAAAUGCAUUGUUACCGGCUCCUGUAUCUGGUCUUUAUGUCUCUGGGGCCACUCAGUGAAGGUUUAAAAGCAGCCACGCAGGAGUACUCUGUCAUAAAAUCUGCAACUUUAGCCCAUGAGGGCAGCAGAUUCUUGGUUAUCGAUGCGGAGGAUGUCACUUCACCACCAGGAGACUCUGCGCAAGAGCUCCAAGAGAUGCGCUUCCAGGCCGCCCUGGACCUGGGCAACGCCCACCGUUUCCUGGGCAACAUGGACCAGGCCAGAACAUUCCUGGACGAGGCCAUGGCGAUUGCCGUGGAGACAGAUGAUGCGGACAAAGUCACUGCAGCGACCAUUCACCACGGUGAGUGGAUCCUUGCUAGCGGUCAUCUAAAAGACGCCAUCAGCCAGGUGUUCCAGCCGCUGCUGAAGCGAAACAUGAGCGACCGGAAUCGCGGCAUCUUGCUGCAGGCAUUCGGAAAUGCUUGUAGGGCUGCUGCAGACUGGGGUCCGGCCAAGGAAUACAUGCGAGAAGCCAUCACCAUCGCCGAGGGGCUCAAUGACCCGGUUGCUGUGGCCGAUCGCCAAGGCGACCUGGGAACAAUAUUCCGGUCAGAGGGACGGACAAGCGACGCACUGCUCUACCAGAAGAAGCAGUUUGUUUUCGCCAGAGGGAGGGGCGAUCAGGCAGCUCUCUGCGUGUCCUGCUUCAACAUCGGUUUCACCCACUAUUCCAUGAAGCCGCCCAACUAUGACGUAGCCCUCAUCUACCAUUCCAUCCACCUGGAGCUAGCCGAACGGAUCGGGUAUCUGGCCAUGAAGUCGAGAGCUCUGAAUGCCCUCGGAAAGAUCUACACAGCUUUGAGAGACUAUGAGUCUGCCGUUAAACUCCUGGAGGAAUGUUUGGAAGUGCACAGCAAAAUUGGCAAUCAUCGCGGGCUGGGGAUAGCCUACGGAAACAUCGGCACAGUCUACCGUGCCAUGGGCAAGUUUGAGGAGGCAGUCGUUUACCAUGAAAAGUAUCGUGAGAAUGCUGAUGAACGUGAUGACGUGGGGGGCGUGGCCAUCAUGCAGCGCGAGCUAGCCAUGGACUACUUGUUUACUCAGGAUCUGGACACGGCAGAGAAGUACAUUACCGAUGCUUUCUUCACGCUGGAGCGAAUCCGUGCCAAGAUCGGCGAGGAGGACUCGUCGCGCAUUGCCAACUUUGAGAAGAACCAGUUUGAGGCCUUCAACCUCCUGCAGACGAUCCUCAUCCGGAAGGGGAAAUUCCGCGAGGCGCUGGCAUUGUCUGAGCAAGGCCGAGCAAGGGCUCUUGCUGACCUGAUUCAACAAAACCAGAAGGAGCUAGACUCAGAAAGCUCUCGUGAUUUCAACACUGGCUCUGAGUACAUAAGCACCACAUCUAUGUUGGAGGAACGUUUUACAGAGAAAGCCCUCGCUGAUAUUUUCCAAACGGCCAGCGAGCUCAACACAACUCUCGUCAUCUACUCCAUCGUGACCGAGUUCACACCAGCAGGAGACGUCGAGAAAUGGCUGUACUCCUGGGUGGUCGUCAGGGGAACAGCAGAGACAGCCAAUGAGGAGAUCCGUAACAUAACUCCUCCUGGGUCAACCAAUGAAGGAGAGGCUUACGUGGAAGAUGGCAGCUGGAAGGUCCACUUUGCUAAGAGAAUGCUGAGUUCAGAGAGGAAAGGGCCAGACAUCCAAGUAGACGACAAACACGUGAACUCUCUCUGUCGCUCUCUUGGAGAACUGAGCGUGAGUGAAACAUUGAACACAAAAGUUCAUACAGAGCCUGAUGACGUUUGUGUUCCCGCUGACCAAACCACAUGUAUGGAGGCCUCUACAGGCCACACCGAAGACCCCUCACCUGCCAGAGAUAUUCCCCACCACCUGCCCAGGCACGAGAAGAUCGCCCAUGCCUACGGUGACCCAGAGGAGCCAAAACCCAAACAGCCUGUCACCGAUCCUAGGCUGCAGGGAGUACUGGACAAGCUGAGGGCAGACUACAACAUAUUCAUCGCUCCCAUCGAGAGUUUCCUGCCUGAAUGGAGAGAAGGGAUGACUGAUGUACCAAGAGUUACCUUCAUACCUCAAGAUUACAUGUAUAACCUGCCUUUCUGUGCCCUGCUUGGUCCGGACAAUCACCACCUAAUCAAGAAAUAUGUCAUCUCCUUUGUGCCCUCUGUGCGAACUCUCAAACUGACCAAUCAGCGGCUGAGCCAGCUGCGUCAGAUGUCGUCAGCAGCGCCACAUAGUGUCCUGGCUGUGGGCAAUCCCACAAUGCCACAUCCCAAAAUGCCAGCUCUUCCUGCAGCCACGGAAGAGGCCAGAAUGGUGAAGGACUUCUUUGAGUCCCAGUCAUCAUUCUUGCCGCCGCAUGGACGGCCAGGGAUGGACUCUGUGGUGCUGACCGACAGCGAUGCAACGGUGGACAACGUCCGGCAGAAAAUGCCCGAGCACUCAGUGUUACACUUUGCAACCCAUGCCGAACAGGACAGUGGAAUUGUGAAGAUGAUCAAGGAAGGAGCCCACACCUGCCAGCCGGAGAGAGCAGCGACGGGGGAUUUCAGCAUGCGGGGAUUUCUGGUCUUGGCCCGCAGCCAUGAGAACUGCAGUGGCCUAUUGAUGGCCGAGGACGUCAAAGAUCAGAGGUUGAAGGCGGAGGUGGCCGUGCUCAGCUGCUGUCAGACCGGAAAGGGUCAAGUCACCGGGGAUGGUGUGCUGGGGUUAUACAGGUCUUUCCUGGUAGCAGGGGCAGCCAGCGUCGUGGUCACGCAGUGGAAGAUAUACGACAAGGCCACAGCCCAGUUCAUGCGUCAUUUCUACCAGGAUUUUAUCGUCCACCGCGAUGCUGCCAGGGCCUUGCGGGAAGCCAUGCUGUUGAUGUUAGCAGACGAGGAGAAACACCACCUACCCCAGCACUGGGCUGCCUUCUCUCUGAUUGGAGCAUCUCGUCCGACUUCCGCGUCCUAGACAGUCCAGACCUUGGAUUGCCAGUUUACCAAGCCUGGUUCGAGUGAAACCAAGACUGUCAAAACAAACAAGAUUGGUACUGGACAUUCUAAAACUUGAUGUGACUUAUUCCGGGAGAGAGUGUCAUCUCAUAAAAAUGAGUUUACUGAUGUGGACUUAGUCGGAAUGCAAAAAUGUCCACAAUAAUUUAUAGUGAUUAGAGCCGUUUUCCAAUACGCGACUUAGGCUCCGUCUCAGGCUUCAACUAUAUUUCUUACUUUGAGGUUAUAAUAAGCCCAAUAGUACGUCCGAUUGUGCCACAAAUCAUCAAGUAAGAUGCAAAAGAGCCAAACAUUACAGUACUUCAAUUUAAAUUAGACGCUUCAGGCCCACAAUUGGGGAUUGGUUUCCUACACGAAGCCAGAGACAGAGACGAAGUUGAGUAUUGGGAAACGGCCCUGGUUAUCAGUAGUUUGUAACAUUUUUAUAAAUAGACCUUAUGCACAGGGGACCCAAUCUCUCUUGGUGUAUAUAUUUAAAAACGUUGAAUUUAAAGAACCAGGCUCUCCCUUUUCAUUCCGACCCUAAAACCACCUGGCACCAGCCCAUCAAGGGUUUUGCAUGUAUACAAUACAUUCAGGAAUACGACUGAAAUGGUUUCUCCCAUGAAUAUGGUCUUUUAGAAGGUUAUCCACCCCGAGCUGAAGUGCACCCCCAAUCAGCAAAAGAAAGACAGGUGAUUAUAAGGGGGGUCUUGCACGCGU